AUGGCUCCAAUAGGGGUUCUGGGAAUUAAUUCUUCUGUUUACAUUACAGUUUCUUCUACAAAAAGCCAUAGCCUAUCUCUCCCAUAUCCAUCUUUUUUCAUAUCUUGAGCAUUAGCUUACUUAUCUUCCAUUAAUUUACUAAUUUUUGGAUCCUGGCUGUGUAAAAUCUUGGUAAUUAUGAGAAACUUUCACACCUCUUCUGGUCACACUGGAAAGGCAGGAUGCACUCAUUCUUGAUCAAGUGACUUUGGAAGUGUUCUACACUUUGAUACAUCUCCUUUACUUGUCUUUGAGAGUUGGAGACAUCACUCUGAGUGGGAAUUACUACAUUUUCAUGUGUGUCUAGAAGGAUUUAGAAAGAUAUUUAUUGUUGAUGAAAUUAAUUCAAUUUUUAUUGGGAGUCUCAUAGGUUACUCUCUGAGUUAAUAAUCCCUCUUUCAGAAAGAUCACCGAGGAAAUUUUCAUGUUUUUGGCUAACUCCUCUUUUCCUCAUAAUCAUCUAAGCUUUUUGCUCAGCUUGCUGAUUUCAUCCUUCAAUUUGGUUACAUUAGAAACUAAUUCAUUACUCAAGUUUUUAUUCUUCGGCUUAUUCUUAUCUUGCUUACCAAUAAUAAAAUGGAGCAUUCCUCUACUUUAAGCACCUACAUUUAACUAUUAACCAUUUUGAUAAAGAAAAUAGUCUUGCUAUCUUUUCUACAACCUGUGUAUUCAUUGAUCUGGCCUUCAUCAUUGUAUCCCCAUUCGCUUUAGAACUUACCUACAUACUCCUGAAAUCUCUCAUUUCGUAGAUAAUUGUCUACAUUUUAUCCAUGAAAGUAUAUUUAUUAUGACUAGCUAAGAGAGGUUUAAAGAUCCUUUUUGAACAAUUGGAUGGUAAGAACUUUUCAUCUUAGCAUUCAUCAACACAAAAUUGUACCUAAUCCCUCACGUUCAGGUCUUUGAUUUAAGGUAUUGCACACAAAUUGCCUUCUUGGUGCUCAAGGCCUGAAGAACUAUAGUAAUCAAAACUCCAGUAUAAUAUUUUCCUUUUCCAAUAAUCUCUCCAACAAAUGAGAUUGGGGUAUCUUUCAUUGGGAGUAAGAAGAAGAACUCUUCAAGAGUUAAGAUUUUGUAAAGCUUUCUUUUGGUCCUUGACUU